AUGGCAGCCACGGACAAGAAAACCAUGAAGGUUCUAACUAUUAUGUUGCAGCCUCUUCUGGACACGGUAUUCAAUCAAGUCAAUCCCAUGGACAGGCUAUUUCUUCCCAAAACAUUAUCCGUCAUGAGAGUUAUGGUCAGGAUCAUCAGGAAAACGCUAACUACUAUGAUGGUGGAAGACACGAAUUUAUAUCUGGGCACGGUAUUCAGUCUGCUGGACAGUCUCAUGGCCAUGCUGUUUCUUCUCAAAGCUCAUGACCAGGAACACAAUGAAGGAUCUAAUUACUAUUUUGCCGCUGCCUCCGGUCAUGGUGUUCAGUCAGCCGGUCAACACGGCCAUGCUGUUUCAUCUCAAAACGUAAUUCGUCAUGAUAGUCAUGGUCAGGAUUAUAACGAAGGCUCUAACUAUUACGCUGCUGGUCAUCAUGAUACAGCCAUCUCUGGUCAUCAGUCAGUAGGGCAAUCCUAUGGACACGCCGUUUCCUCACAAAACGUAGUUCGUCAUGAAAAUCACGGUCAAGCUAAUCAAGGCGGGUCUCACCACUUUGUUACUGUCCAGCAAGCAUCGGGACACGGAAUCAACUCAGCUGCUCAAUCUCACGGUCACGCUGUCUCUUCUCAAAACAUUGUUCGUCACGACAGCCAUGGGCAAAGCCAUGGAGCGGGCCAUCUUCUAGUCGCUGCUGAACACAGUCUUGCUAUUCCCGUACAUGAAACUAUAAUUGCCCCAGUCCACCAUGUUGUCCAGCAGAGUGGGCACCACGAGGCAGCUAGCCAUCAGGAAUCACACCACGAAGAAUCUCACUACGUAGACUACUACUCCCACCCUAAAUACGAGUUCGAAUACCAAAUCAAGGAUCCUCAUACCGGCGACAGUAAGUUCCAGCACGAGGCUCGCGAUGGUGAUCAUGUGAAGGGUAUCUACAGUCUGCACGAACCCGACGGCUCCAUCCGUACAGUGAAAUACGCUGCUGAUAAGAAGUCUGGAUUCAACGCCGAAGUCCAGCACUCAGCCCCCACCAAGCAUGAUGAGACUCAUUAUAACCAUCAUUAA